GGAGAAGAUGCAGCUACCUACUACUACUACAAGCUAGUGGCGGGCUCCACAGCGGGACGCAGGGCAGAGAGAAAGAGACGAUGGCGGGCGACGAUGACGUCUGGCUGCAGCGACGCGACGAUGGAUGGAUUCGAUGGAACUAGUAGGUUUGAGGCUCUCUCAACGAGAGAGCUGUCUCGUGUUCCGCAUGAACGCCCCGGGCAAUUAGCCAGCCAAGCGCACGGGUGGCUGUUUCACGCCGCGAGGCCACAAAAGCUUCUCGCCCUGCGGCUCCUUUUUUUUUUUUUUACCCUUUCCCUUUUCCCUCUUUCCCAUUCUUCCACGGAACGACGACUUGUGGGAAACUAGAGACGGAGCCGGCCCGUCGGUCGGCAGAGGAUGAUGGUGCUAUUUUGGGCACAGUCGAGCCAAGCCAUGGCCCGAUACGAACAAGGCGACAUGUAUCCCACAC